AUGGCUGCGAGCGCUCCAGCAUCGGCUCAGGGAAAGCCUGCGGUCUUGAUCAUUGGCGGGUUGGGUUACAUCGGUCGCUUCCUCGCGAAUUACAUCCACUCCAACCAACUCGCAUCUACCCUACGCCUGGUCGACAAGCAGCUGCCCCAACUUGCCUCCCUCGCACCCGAACACCAGGAAGCUUGCUCGACCAACUUCCUCCAAGCAGACGCUUCCAGAGAACAAUCGCAGGCGAGAAUCUUCGACCUUCCCGCCGGCCCCGACGGCACGAAGCGCGAAUUCGACUUUGUCUUCAACUGCGGCGGUGAAACCCGCUUCUCGCAGGACGACGAGGUCUACCGACUCCGCAGUUUCCAGCUCAGUCUGGCGGUCGGCAAAGAGGCGGCAAAGCGGGGCGUCACGGCAUUUAUCGAAGUGAGCACCGGCCAGGUCUACAGUGGGAGCAAGACGCCGCAAAAGGAGGGUGACAAGACGAGCAAGCCGCAUACGAAGCAGGCCAAGUGGAAACUGCAGGCGGAGGAGGAGCUGGCGAAGAUCCCGGGUCUGCGGCUGUGCAUCUUGCGCUUGCCUAACGUCUAUGGCCCCUAUACGGGCCGAUGGCUGGGCACGCAGCUGGCGCUGGCCCGAGUAUAUCAGAGCCGCGAGCCGAAAGAGACGAUGAAAUGGCUGUGGGGCAGCGAGUUGAGAACCAAUACACUGCAUGUCGAGGAUAGUGCGCGGGCGCUGUGGAUGGCGGCGGAAUGGCGGGCAAAGAAUGACCGCAUCUCGAGUGCGCCGAAUGCAGCGUCGCUGGUGUUCAACGUGGUCGAUCGCGGGGCGACGUCGCAGGGCACCAUGGCCGCGAUUUUCAAGAGCAUCUUUGGGAUUGAGACGGGCUUUCAGAACGCGCUGGUGAACACUUUUGCACGGAUGAAUCUGGAGCAUGUGGUGGACGAUGUAAACGACGACACGCUUGACGACUGGGCGGAUCUGCAGGAGGCGGCGGGAGUGAGGGAGAAUGGCGGACCAUUGAGUCCGUUCAUGGAGAAGGAGUUGCUCAAGGAUACCGAUCUAAGCAUGGAUGGAAGUAGAUUCGAGAAGGAAGUUGGGUUCAGACCUGUCCAUGAGAGAAUUACCAAGGAGGAGGUGGAGGCAGUGAUUGAGAGCUACAAGCGGAUGCAAUGGUGGCCGUGA